UUUCAGAACAGAACAUUGUAAAGGGAUUUUAUGAGUUGGAACCUUCAAAAUUGGCUCAUGUUUAAGGUAUCGCCGUGUGUCCCUUCCUUUAGGCUAUGCACCCGCCGACACUCGUAUAGUACCGCUUGCGCCGGCGACCUUUUUCAUUCUCAUUCUUCCACUUCUCUCGAUACUCCCUCAAAUUUCCCAUUCUCGUCGUCCAAUUCCUCUGGUACGGGCGUCUAAAGUUAACUAGACUCGCGGUUCACGGUACGACGUCGAAGCGUACGUUUAAAAACCGAAUUUCCACCCGGAAAACAAGGGUUCGCGUGUGCCUUCUUCGAAACUGACAUGUGAUUUUCAUGGAUUUUCCUGUGGAGACUGUUUAUUAAUCACAGAUCGAAUUAACCUAGGUGGAUUCGAUGGCUCGCUCGAUCUUCAAUAUUUUCACGUUGAACCCCAGUAGCCCGUUUGAAUAAUUCAACAGGAGAGAUCUUACUUUUACCAUAAUUCCGGAUGAGAGCCAGGGAGAUAAAUUGUACAUUAUGACGUCUGUGAUAUGCCAAAAUUUCGUGCAGAAUGCUUGGAAAAAAGAAUUGUGUUCGAACUGCUUCAAAUCCAGGAACGAACAUCAGGAACGUGUGGCGUUCAAGCCUCUUCCUCGACUAUCCAGAAAGAUCGAGGGAAUUAUCAAGAGUGGGAAGAAAACGAAGCUUAGUCAUAGAUCCGUGCGUUUUCCGAGUCAGCUGACCGAGGUCAUAGGGUACGGGGGGGAAGAUUGGUCGUCGGACGGCGAAGAAGAACAGGUCGACUCUAACGACGACGACUUCGACGACGAUUUCUCGGACGACUCGGACGAAACGGACGCGGAACUUCGUAAAAUAACCAAAGCCAACACCGACUACAACACCACGAGUCUGGUCGAAGAGGCGGACACGAAGAAAUCCUUCGCGUCCCUGAUGCUCGGUAAGCCUAUCGUAGACUCCGAAGGGAAGAAGAAGACCCUGUUGGUGUCGGUGAAACCGUUCGGCGAAGACUCGGCGCAUCCGCCAAAAAAGACGUCGAAGGGCAUGGCGAUCUUGCGAAACAAGAAGGAGAGCGUGACCGAGACGAACACGAGCGUGAUACUGAAAUCGUACACGAAGAACGAGGACGUGCAGCAGGAGAAGUCGCUGCUGGACGAGAUAACGGAAACUUUGGAGAAUUCCAGGCGGGAAUCGGUGCAGAUCAUAACGCGCAAGAAGUUGGAACAGGAGACGAACAAGGAGAACAUAGAGAACGAUAACGUCAAGAAGGAGGAAUCACAGAAAUCGGAUAAGAAGGUUCUGCUGUCGCGCAGUCCGGCCCUGAAGAGGGAGCACGCGUUGUUGUAUCAGACGACGACCAGCGCCAAAAUCGAAUUGAUGAAUGGCAAGAAUUCCAAGACGAAGAUAGAGGGCGAGAACAAAGAUGCGAAAAAGACUGAACAAUCGUCGCCGGAUAACAGCGAGAAGGAACAAAACGUCGACGAAGAUAUCGUGAAGAAUGAAACGGCGAUAAAGAGCGGAACGGAUAACGGGUGGGACGUAACGGAGGAGAAAAUUAACGACGACGAUAAAUGCAUAGACUCCCCGGACUCCAGCAUCACGUCGUCCUCGUCGAACUGCCGCUUCGACAAUGUGGCGCCGUCGCAGUCGCGCGAACAGGCCGGCGAACCGGACGGCCGAGCCGACCCGGACAAUCCCGAACCGCCCGCACUGCCCCUAACCCCGCCCCCCGUCCUCCUCGAGAACCAAUCCUCCUUCCUGCACUCCUCGACCUCCGCCAACGUUGCCAACGUCGCGGCGCAGAAGCCGAAGAUAGCCUCCAAGCCGAACACGGUGCUGAUCAGGAAGCAGCCGGCGAUGCAGCACCACCACCUGGAGACCGCCAAGAACCAGGUGCUGAUGACGACGUUCUCCCCCCCCGACCCGGCCAAGCAGACGUCGUCGGACGGUUGCGACGUUGCCGCGCACAUUUCCAACAAGAGGAGGGCGCCCAACCCCCCGCCCGCCGAGGACAACGGCGGGCUGUUUCUGCGCAAACCGCUGAAUUCGAUAAACGGCGAGUGUCCGGUCGUUAGGGAGAAGGAGAAGAGGGAACGUGCGUCCUCGUGUCCGAAAUUGCCGCAGAUCGUCGGCGCAAGUCCGAAGGUAGACGGGGAGUCAGUGCCCGAGCCUGCGCCCAGGAAGAUACUGUCGAUAUCGACGGACAGUCUGGCGAGCAUGGACGACGGCAGGAGGAAGGAGAAGACCAAGGCCAAGUUCUCGCUGAAGAAGUUCCUCAGGAUGGGGUCUAACAAGGACCUGACCAAGUUGCCGGUCGAAACUUGUCGCUUUGACGAGUUUGACAUCGCCCCCACCCCCAAGCCGAGGUUAAUCAUAGUGCAUCCCUCCGAACUGAACGGAGACAAAGUCGAAGUGGUUGCCAAGUCACUGACGUUGAACCAAAACGAAUCCCCGCUCAAGAUAAUCAACGAUUAUGAAAACAUAAACAUCAAGUCCACCAAACCGCCGCCGCCCCCGAGGAACAUAGAGGACAGUCAAAAACCCCUCACUCCACCCCCCAAAUCGGCUGACGUGCUCAACAUCCAGAAACAGGUGUCCAGGACCAAUUCCCUGAUCAAGAAGGAGGAAACUGUCUACGCGAACAUCGGCGAGGUCAGGUCUUCUAUCGUGCCGAACAAGCCGGUACGCACGGCCAGCAUGAGGGAGCGGGAGGCGCAGCAGCAGCAGAAGCAGAAGGAGAGGGCGGAGCAGAUGGGUUAUCGCGCUCCGAAAGAGGGCGCGGACGGCAACAACGUGUACGAGUAUCUGAACGGCGGAAGAUCGAGCUCGCCCGACUCCGAUUCCAGCAGGGAGAAGCACAGUCCGACGACCGGGAAGCCGGGCACGCUGAGCAAGAGGUCCGAGAGCAGCGUCGACGUCUCCGGGGACUAUUUCAAGUACGGCAACAUACCCAGGUCGGUGUCGCUCACGUACUGCGGAAGCGAAACCGAGUCCGAGAUCUACUCGCCGUACGGAUUUUACGGGAGCGAAUCCGAGGUCACCGAAGACGACCACGAAUGGAUACAGAACGGCAAAACGCACAAGUUGAGGUCAAGAAAAGGUCGUAGCAUCGUCCAUAAGAACCUGGAGGACAACUACGGAGCCGUUAUAGUCGCCAAUCACGAGGCCCUCGCCCAAGUUCUGGAAAACAUCCAACAGACCGUACACAUACCGCCAGCCUUGAGGGGGCUGAAGACGUCUUCCAACCUCAGAUGGAGCGAUUUCACGGUCAAAAACGCGAAUCCGCUGAUCUUGGGUAGAAGGACCUUUCACCAGGCGCUCUGGGGUACCCACCACGUAACCCUGGCCAUCAACAGGGGCCUGGUGCCGUCUUGCACCCUGUCGCUGGGCACUUUCAACCUGAACCCGGUCACCGAAUUCAACGACCUGGUGCCGGUCAAAUAUUUGGGCGAAACGGAAUCAGACGCGUCCAGGCAGGUGCAAGCCACCAUAACGGUCCUUCCGUGGAUGCAGGUGAACACGAUCCAGAGUUUCUCGAACGCGAUCAAAUCAAAGACGCCCGCCGAGGACGCGUGCAAGGAGAACGUCUUCAUCAUGCUGCAGCUGGUCAACGCGCUGAAGAACCUGCAGGCGCAGGGCAUCGAGGAAUUGCCGGUCUCGCUGAGCUCUUUCGUGCUCUGCAAGGACAUGGAGAAGGACGUUUAUCAGAAGCUGUUCGUUCUUCAGGGACUCACCGAGGAACUCUCGAACAAGAACGAAAAAUUCGGGACGCUCUGUCAGUGCGCCUCCAGGGCCUUACAAUUGUUACAACCCACGAUGAAGAUAAACUCCCUGAUCCAGUCGGUGUUGGGCAACGAGAGGGCGACCUCCCUCACUCAGGUAAAAUCGGUGCUGGAAUUUUCGCUGUGGGGCCCCUCGGACGUGGCCCUGGGUAGCACGAUAAGGGAGCGGGAGUUGGCGCUGCAACGUUGGCUGGACCUUCAGAGGGCGACCGUUUUGCACGGACUGGUGUGCACGAGGGUGCAGUUGACGGUCUACGAGGAGUACCACCUGCUCUUUUUGGUCAGGAGCAACGCGAGGAUGAUGUGCGACGCUUCGCUGCUCCUGGAGUCGAGCAAUAUGAAACACGCAGUCGCGAACGGGAGUAAAUGAUUUCAAGGUUAGUUGUUUUGAUUGUUGAAAAAUCGGCGAUUCGUUUAAUUUAUUCUAUUUCGAAAGUUAUCGUUGAACUUGGUUUAAAACGCUCAUAUGUUGAAUCGUUGAUAUUUUACCUUAAUAUUUAUAAUUAAAUUAUUUUUUACCUUUGAAUGUUUUCUCGAAAUGCAUUUUUUGUAUCUAUGAAUAUUGUAUAAUUUGUAUAUUCGUAUCUUAGUUUGUAUAUAGCAUCAAGUGCCUUGUUAAGAUUUUUCUAUUAUUGAUAUAUCUGAAAGAAUUCUACAAGAAAUAAAACUAUUCUAUAA